AUGGGAUCCCGGGGCGGCCGGGCGCCCGGUGGGGGUGAGGUUCGAAGCUGGCUCGGGCGCGCGCACACGCCCGGGGCCCCGGCAGGCGGAGCCAGGGGGGAGGGGGAGGCGAGGGGGGAGGUGGGGCGAGGUGGGGGGAGGGGAGGGCGGCGCGAGCCUCGAGGUCGAAGGUGGCCACGGCCGCGCGGCCCUGGGCGGCAUUUAAAGGCCGCUGGUGCCCGGCUCGGGAACCGGGUCCAGGGUGGGGACCGGCUUUGCCGCGGCUUGCUCAGCUUGCCCUGCCCCUCCGCCAUUGGACGGUGGCGGGAGGCCCAAAAACGUUCCUUACAAAACGAACAAGUUUCCACACCUGAUAUCCAGGAAUUUCCAGUUAUCAAGAAAGGGGACUUUACUGACUCUUGUUCUAGUCAUCCAAUAAGCAACCCAGAAGAACUGGAAGAAAAAGAUGCCAUUGGAGUAAGGAAAGCAGCUCAGAGACGUCUGCAGACUGAGCUGGGAAUUCCACAGGGACAGAUUUCUCCAGAGGACAUUUUGUUUAUGACAAUAUAUCAUCACAAGGCAAAGUCAGAUAAAAUUUGGGGAGAACAUGAAAUUUGUUAUCUUCUGCUUAUACAAAAGAAUGUUACUGUAAACCUAGAUCCCAGCGAAACAAAAAGUUUCUGCUACAUGACCAAGGAGGAAUUAACAGAGCUACUGGAAAGAGGGACUAGAGGAGAAGUAAAAGUUACCCCAUGGUUGAAAACCAUCACAGAGAAUUUUCUGUAUAAAUGGUGGCCUCACUUAAAUGAGGUAACCCAAUUUGUUGUGCCUCGUAAAAUACACCGAGUGUGAAAAGCAUGGAUGAGAAUUAGCCAUAAAUAAA